AAUGUAGCCUAUAGAAAAUAGGGUUUCAUAAUUAGGUGUGCAUAGGGAAAUGAGAGUUCUCAAUAUGAUUUCUAUAGCAGCUUUUGUAGUGAUAGUCUAGACCAGCCUUUCUGAACCAGGGUGCCCAGGUUUCUUAAGGGGUGCCUUUGCAAAAUGUCUAAUAAUUGUCCAAAACUUGUGUACAAGCCAGCGGGUGGAACAAGCCGGCUUUCUAGUUACACAAAGCCACAGGUUUUCAUUUUGCACCAUAACAACCUUCUAGCCGACAGCGUCCUGACAACCAAUGAUAUCAUCAGUUGA